AUGCAGCUCUCAGUUGUGGAAAAGAUAAGAACCAUUGCUCGAGCUGUCUUUGGAGCCAAAGAUACAGAACUCUCCCCGCAAGCACAGUCCAAAAUGGCCAUGAAGAAGUUCUCCAAACUGGAGAUCAUACUCAGCGUUCUUCUGCUUCUGCUGUUCAGCAUCACCAUUCCUCUGUUUGUGCUGCUAGCCCAGAAUACCUCAGGGUCGGAAGUCUCAAAUCCCGGGACAACUGUCCCACCUCUGUCUGCCGAGUGCCCUGUGGUAAACGAAUCAGAGAGGAUCAACUGUAUCCCUGACAAGCAACCAACACAGGCCACCUGUGAGCAGCGAGGUUGCUGCUGGAACCCCCAGGGAGCCAUCAGUGUGCCCUGGUGCUACUAUUCCAAGGGUCAUGGCUAUCAGGCAGAGGGCGACCCUGUGGACACGGGGGCAGGAUUCACAGUCCAGAUGAAGAGACUGCCAACCCCGUCUUUAUUUGGGAAUGAUGUUGAAGAUGUCCUCCUCACAGCAGAAUACCAGACAUCCAACCGAUUCCACUUUAAGCUAACUGACCGCAGCAAGGCCAGGUAUGAAGUACCCCAUGAGCACGUGCAGCCCUUCCGAGGCAGUGCUGCGUCUUCCCGGAACUACCUAGUGGAGGUCUCUAAGCAGCCCUUCAGCAUCAAAGUGACCCGGAGGAGCAACAGUCGUGUUCUGUUUGACUCAAGUAUUGGUCCCCUCCUCUUCGCUGACCAGUUCCUCCAACUGUCCAUCCGCCUGCCCAGCGCCAACGUGUAUGGGCUGGGGGAGCAUGUGCACCAGGAGUACCGUCACAGCAUGGACUGGAAGACCUGGUCCAUCUUUGCUAGGGACACAACUCCCAAUGGGGAUGGAACCAACCUUUAUGGUGCGCAGACCUUCUUCCUGUGCCUUGAAGACGCUAGUGGCUUGUCCUUCGGGGUCUUUCUGAUGAACAGCAAUGCCAUGGACGUUGUCCUCCAGCCUGCUCCUGCGAUCACCUACCGCACGAUUGGGGGCGUCCUGGACUUCUAUGUCUUUUUGGGGAACACUCCCGAGCAAGUUGUCCAAGAGUAUCUGGAGCUCAUUGGCCGACCGGCCCUCCCCGCUUACUGGUCUCUCGGGUUUCACCUCAGCCGUUAUGAAUAUGGGACACUGGACAAAAUGAAAGAGGUCGUGGAGAGAAACCGCGCAGCUGGGCUCCCUUACGAUGUCCAGCACGCUGAUAUCGACUACAUGGACCAGCGGAGGGACUUCACCUAUGACCCGGUGGACUUCAGAGGGUUCCCUGAGUUUGCUAAGGAUUUACACAAUAACGGGCAGAAGCUGGUCAUCAUUGUGGACCCAGCCAUCUCCAACAACUCUUCCCAGAGCCAACCCUACAGCCCCUACGACAGGGGCUCACAGAUGAAGAUAUGGGUGAACAAUUCGGAUCGGGUGACUCCGCUCGUCGGGGAGGUCUGGCCAGGAAGAACUGUGUUUCCCGAUUACACUAAUCCUACCUGUGCUGUGUGGUGGGCAAGGGAAUUCGAGCUUUUCCACACUCAGGUGGAGUUCGAUGGGAUAUGGAUUGACAUGAAUGAAGUCUCCAACUUUGUUGAUGGUUCAGUGACAGGGUGUUCUAGCAACAAUCUGAACUACCCGCCAUUCACUCCCGGGGUCCUGGAUGGAUACCUGUUCUGCAAGAGCCUCUGCAUGGAUGCCAUGCAGCACUGGGGCAGGCAGUAUGACGUCCACAACCUGUACGGCUACUCCAUGGCGAUCGCCACCGCUGAAGCUGUCAAGACCGUAUUCCCCAAUAAGAGGAGCUUCAUUGUAACCCGUUCAACCUUCGCGGGGUCCGGCAAGUUUGCAGCUCACUGGCUAGGGGACAAUGCUGCCACCUGGGACGACCUUCGAUGGUCCAUCCCAGGCAUGCUGGAGUUCAACCUUUUCGGCAUUCCCAUGGUGGGCCCUGACAUUUGUGGCUACGCAGUGAACGUCUCUGAGGAGCUCUGCACGCGGUGGAUGCAGUUGGGCGCCUUCUACCCGUUUUCCCGGAACCACAAUGGCCAGGGCUACAAGGACCAGGACCCCGCUUCCUUCGGCAACGACUCCCUGCUGCUCAACUCCUCCAGGCACUACCUGAACAUCCGGUACACCUUGCUGCCCUACCUGUACACACUCUUCUACCGCGCUCACACCCGCGGGGACACCGUGGCCCGGCCGCUGCUGCACGAGUUCUACAAUGAUGAGAACACUUGGGGUAUCCACCGGCAGUUUCUGUGGGGGCCUGGUCUCCUCAUCACCCCAGUACUGGACCAGGGUGCAGAGAAAGUGCUGGCCUAUGUGCCUGACGCCAUCUGGUAUGAGUACGACACGGGCGCCCAGGUCGAGUGGAGGAAGCAGCAGGUAGAGAUGGAGCUUCCUGAAGACAAAAUUGGGCUGCAUCUGCGAGGAGGCCACAUCUUCCCCACCCAGCAGCCCAGCACCACCACUGUGGCCAGUCGCCAGAACCCUCUGGGUCUUAUCAUUGCCCUGGAUGAGAACAAAGAAGCCAAAGGGGAACUCUUCUGGGAUGAUGGAGACAGCAGAGAUACCGUGGCCAACAACGCGUAUCUUUUCUGUGAGUUUUCUGUCUCGCGGAACCAAUUGGAUGUGAAGAUCUUGAAUUCUGGCUACAUUGACUCCAAUAACUUAUCCUUUAAGGAGAUUAAAAUCCUAGGGACUAAGGAACCUACCAAUGUUAUAGUGAAGCACAACAACGCCCCGGUUCAGGCUUCUCCUAAUGUCACAUAUGAUCAUAACCUCCAGGUCGCCGUUAUCACGGGCCUUGACCUGGCUCUGGGACAGGCAUAUACGGUGGAGUGGAGUCUGAAGAACGUGAGCGAUGUAGAGAAGAUUGACUGCUACCCUGAUGCGCAAGGUGCAUCCAAGGAGAACUGUGAGGCCCGGGGCUGCGUCUGGGAGGUGAGUGCACGCAUGAGCACGCCGGGGGUCCCGUUCUGCUAUUUUGUCACCGAUCUGUACUCUGUUGGUAAUGUCCAGUACAGUACACAGGGGGCCACCGCUGACAUCACCUUAAAGACCUCUCUUUAUGCUAAUGCUUUGCCUUCAACUCCCGUGGCCUCCCUCCGCCUGGCUGUCACCUACCAUCAGAAUGACAUGCUGCAGUUUAAGAUUUAUGAUCCCAGCACCAGCCGUUAUGAAGUCCCCGUGCCUCUCAAUAUACCUGGGGUGCCGUCCAGCACCCCUGCAGGUCGGCUCUAUGAUGUCGUCAUCAAGGAGAAUCCCUUUGGGAUUGAAAUUCGCCGGAAGAGCACAGGCACCGUCAUCUGGGACUCUCAGGUGCUGGGCUUCACCUUCAACGACAUGUUCAUCCGCAUCUCCACUCGCCUCCCCUCCCGCUACCUCUACGGCUUUGGGGAGACAGAGCACACGGCUUUCCGGAGGGACCUGAACUGGCACACGUGGGGCAUGUUCUCCAGGGACGAGCCCCCAGGGUACAAGAAGAACUCCUACGGUGUGCACCCCUACUACAUGGCGCUGGAGGAGGACGGCAGUGCCCACGGGGUGCUCCUGCUCAACAGCAACGCCAUGGAUGUGACGUUCCAGCCCAUGCCUGCCCUGACGUACCGCACCACUGGAGGGAUUCUGGACUUCUACGUGGUCUUGGGACCCACCCCAGAGCUUGUCACCCAGCAGUACACUGAGCUGAUCGGCCGGCCUGUGAUGGUGCCUUACUGGUCCCUGGGAUUUCAGCUGUGUCGCUAUGGAUAUGAGAAUGACUCUGAGAUCGCUGACUUGUAUGACGCCAUGGUGGCUGCCCGGAUCCCCUAUGACGUGCAGUACUCUGACAUUGACUACAUGGAGCGGCAGCUGGACUUCACCCUCAGCCCCAAGUUUGCUGGGUUUCCCGAUCUGAUCACACGCAUGAAGAACGACGGGAUGCGGGUCAUUCUCAUCCUGGACCCCGCCAUUUCUGGCAAUGAGACCCAACCCUACCCGGCCUUCACCCGGGGAGUGACGGAGGACGUCUUCAUCAAGGACCCGAGUGGGGACAUCGUCUGGGGGAAGGUCUGGCCUGAUCUUCCUGGUGUUGUUAUCAACAGCUCCCUAGACUGGGACAGCCAAGUGGAGCUGUACCGCGCCCACGUGGCCUUUCCAGACUUUUUCCGAAAUUCCACUGUCACGUGGUGGAAGAGGGAGUUGAGAGAAAUGUACAACCACCCGGAGAACGCGAGCAAGAGCCUGAAGUUCGACGGCAUGUGGAUUGACAUGAACGAGCCCUCGAGCUUUGUCAACGGGGCUGUCCCCCCAGGCUGCAGGAACUCCACCCUCAACCACCCUCCCUACAUGCCAGCUCUGGAGGCCAGGGACAGAGGCCUGAGCAGCAAGACCCUGUGCAUGGAGAGCCAGCAGGUGCUGGCGGACGGCUCGGUGGUGCGUCACUACGACGUGCACAACCUGUACGGCUGGGCGCAGACCAGGCCCACCUACGAAGCUGUGCAGGAGGUGACGGGGCAAAGAGGCAUCGUCAUCACUCGCUCCACCUUCCCCUCCUCUGGCCGCUGGGGAGGCCACUGGCUGGGAGACAACACCGCUGCGUGGGACCAGCUGAAGAAGUCCAUCAUUGGCAUGAUGGAGUUCAGUCUCUUUGGCAUCUCCUAUACGGGGGCAGACAUCUGCGGCUUCUUUCAAGACACGAAUUAUGAGCUGUGCGCCCGCUGGAUGCAGCUGGGGGCCUUCUACCCCUUCUCCAGGAACCACAACACCAUUGGGACCAGGAGACAAGACCCAGUGUCCUGGAACUCCACGUUUGAGGACAUCUCCAGGAGCGUCCUGCAAACAAGAUACACCCUGCUGCCCUACCUCUACACGCUGAUGCACCAGGCCCACGCGGAGGGCAGCACCGUGGUCCGGCCCCUUCUCCACGAGUUUGUGUCAGACCGUGUGACCUGGGAUGUGGAUGGUCAGUUCCUGCUGGGUCCUGCCUUUCUGGUCAGCCCUGUCCUGGAGCCUAACGCCAGGGACGUCACAGCGUAUUUCCCUGCAGCCCACUGGUAUGAUUACUACACGGGUGCGUACACUAACAGUAGUGGAGAAUGGAAGACUCUGUCUGCCCCUCUGGACCACAUCAAUCUCCACGUCCGUGGGGGCUACAUCCUGCCCUUGCAGGAGCCUGCGCAGAACACCCACCUGAGUCGCCAGAACCCUCUGGGUCUUAUCAUUGCCCUGGAUGAGAACAAAGAAGCCAAAGGGGAACUCUUCUGGGAUGAUGGAGACAGCAGAGACACUGUGGUCAACAACAACUAUCUCUUCUGUGAGUUUUCUGUCUCACAGAACCGACUGGAUGUGAAGGUUUUGCAGUCAGGCUACACUGACCUCAAUAAUUUAACAUUUAAGGAGAUUAAAAUCUUUGGAACAGAGGAACCUGCCAACGUUAUAGUGAAGCAGAAUAGUGUCCCAGUUCAGGCUUCUCCUAAUGUCACAUAUGAUCAUAACCUCCAGGUUGCUGUUAUCACAGACCUCAGCCUUGCCCUGGGAAAGGCAUAUACCGUGGAGUGGAGCCUGAAGAAGGAUGUAGAGAAGAUUGACUGCUACCCUGAUGGGCAAGGUGUAUCCAAGGAGAACUGUGAGGCCCGGGGCUGCGUCUGGGAGGAAUCCAGCACUCCGGGGGUCCCGUUCUGCUAUUUCGUCACUGAUCUGUACUCUGUUAGUAACAUCCAGUACAGUACACAGGGGGCCACCGCUGACAUCACCUUAAAGGCUCCUGUUUAUGCCAAUGCUUUGCCUUCAACUCCUGUGGCCUCCCUCCGCCUGGCUGUCACCUACCAUCAGAAUGACAUGUUGCAGUUUAAGAUUUAUGAUCCCAGCACCAGCCGUUAUGAAGUCCCCGUGCCUCUCAAUAUACCUGGGGUGCCAUCCAGCACCCCUGCGGGUCGGCUCUAUGAUGUCGUCAUCAAGGAGAAUCCCUUUGGGAUUGAAAUUCGCCGGAAGAGCACAGGCACCGUCAUCUGGGACUCUCAGGUGCUGGGCUUCACCUUCAACGACAUGUUCAUCCGCAUCUCCACUCGCCUCCCCUCCCGCUACCUCUACGGCUUUGGGGAGACAGAGCACACGGCUUUCCGGAGGGACCUGAACUGGCACACGUGGGGCAUGUUCUCCAGGGACGAGCCCCCAGGGUACAAGAAGAACUCCUACGGUGUGCACCCCUACUACAUGGCGCUGGAGGAGGACGGCAGUGCCCACGGGGUGCUCCUGCUCAACAGCAACGCCAUGGAUGUGACCUUCCAGCCCAUGCCUGCCUUGACGUACCGCACCACUGGAGGGAUUCUGGACUUCUAUGUGGUCUUGGGACCCACCCCAGAGCUUGUCACCCAGCAGUACACUGAGCUGAUCGGCCGGCCUGUGAUGGUGCCUUACUGGUCCCUGGGGUUUCAGCUGUGUCGCUAUGGAUACCAAAAUGACUCUGAGAUCUCUGACUUGUACGACGCCAUGGUGGCUGCCCGGAUCCCCUAUGACGUGCAGUACUCUGACAUCGACUACAUGGAGCGGCAGCUGGACUUCACCCUCAGCCCCAAGUUUGCUGGGUUUCCCGAUCUGAUCACACGCAUGAAGAACGACGGGAUGCGGGUCAUUCUCAUCCUGGACCCCGCCAUUUCUGGCAAUGAGACCCAACCCUACCCGGCCUUCACCCGGGGAGUGACGGAGGACGUCUUCAUCAAGGACCCGAGUGGGGACAUCGUCUGGGGGAAGGUCUGGCCUGAUCUUCCUGGUGUUGUUAUCAACAGCUCCCUAGACUGGGACAGCCAAGUGGAGCUGUACCGCGCCCACGUGGCCUUUCCAGACUUUUUCCGGAAUUCCACUGUCACGUGGUGGAAGAGGGAGUUGAGAGAAAUGUACAACCACCCGGAGAACGCGAGCAAGAGCCUGAAGUUCGACGGCAUGUGGAUUGACAUGAACGAGCCCUCGAGCUUUGUCAACGGGGCCGUCCCCCCAGGCUGCAAGAACGCCACCCUCAACCACCCAGCUGUGCAGGAGGUGACGGGGCAAAGAGGCAUCGUCAUCACUCGCUCCACCUUCCCCUCCUCUGGCCGCUGGGGAGGCCACUGGCUGGGAGACAACACCGCUGCGUGGGACCAGCUGAAGAAGUCCAUCAUUGGCAUGAUGGAGUUCAGUCUCUUUGGCAUCUCCUAUACGGGGGCAGACAUCUGCGGCUUCUUUCAAGACACGAAUUAUGAGCUGUGCGCCCGCUGGAUGCAGCUGGGGGCCUUCUACCCCUUCUCCAGGAACCAUAACACCAUUGGGACCAGGAGACAAGACCCCGUGUCCUGGAACUCCACGUUUGAGGACAUCUCCAGGCGCGUCCUGAGGACCAGAUACACCCUGCUGCCCUACCUCUACACGCUGAUGCACCAGGCCCACACGGAGGGCAGCACUGUGGUCCGGCCCCUUCUCCACGAGUUUGUGUCAGACCGUGUGACCUGGGAUGUAGAUGGUCAGUUCCUGCUGGGUCCUGCCUUCCUGGUCAGCCCUGUCCUGGAGCCUAAUGCCAGGGAGGUCACUGCCUACUUCCCUGCAGCCCGCUGGUAUGAUUACUACACGGGUGCGUACACUAACAGCAGUGGAGAAUGGAAGACUCUGCCCGCCCCUCUGGACCACAUCAAUCUCCACGUCCGUGGGGGCUACAUCCUGCCUUGGCAGGAGCCUGCGCAGAACACCCACCUGAGCCGCCAGAAAUUGCUGGGCUUCAAGGUAGCUCUAGAUGAUGCAGGCACCGCUGAGGGCUUCCUCUUCUGGGACGAUGGGCAGAGAAUUGAUGUCUAUGAAAAAGGACUCUACUACUUUGCCAACUUUUCUGUCAGUCAGAAUACGAUGAAGAGCCAUAUAAUCCACAAUAGCUACAUUGUAGGCACAAACCCUUUGCAAUUAGGCCUCAUUGAGAUCUGGGGAGUGGACAGCGUCACCAGUGUGAGAGUCACUACGAGUAACACAGUUGUUACACCGCAAAUCAGCUACAACCCUGCAGCACAGGUGCUGCAGGUGGAUGCGACCAAUAUCAACAUCAGCCUCCAGGACUUCGUGUCCUUGACGUGGACAAGUGGUCCAUGA